CCUGGUCGUCUAGCUCGCACGGCACCAAGCAGGCCUGCACAGCAUUUGUGCGCCCGUUGCUUGAGCAAUGCCGGACUCCGAUGCCGCCAGCCCGGCGUCGUUGCCGGCGGGCGUGGAGAAGAAGGGCGGCAGGGGCGGGAAGAGCGGCGGCGGUUGGCGCCCGGCGUACCGCGGCGUGCGAAUGCGGGCGUGGGGGAAGUGGGUGUCGGAGAUCCGCGAGCCGCGCAAGAAGUCCCGCAUCUGGCUGGGCACCUUCCCGACGGCCGAGAUGGCGGCCCGCGCGCACGACGCCGCGGCGCUGGUUGUCAAGGGCCCCGCCGCGGUGCUCAACUUCCCGGAGAUCGCCGCGUCCCUGCCGCGCCCGGCCUCCGCCGCGCCGCGCGACGUGCAGGCCGCGGCCGCGCGCGCCGCCGCCAUGGACAUGCCCGCCGCCGCCGUGGUCACGGCCGCUACGGUGCCGCCCGCGGCGCCUAAGGAGCCGUCACCGUCGCCCCACCAGCAGGUGCCGGCGGAACAGGCGCUGGUGGUGGCCGACCCGGACGAGGAGGAGCUCGAGGAGAUAGUGGAGCUGCCGGCGAUCGACGAGGACGCCCUGGCGGCGGCGGCGGCUGACGACAUGUUCUGGACGGCGGCGGCGUCGUUCCACGACUCCGCCUCCGCUGACCCGUGGUACGAGCCGACGGCCGCGUGGAUGCACGCCGCCGGCAUUGCGGCGCACGUUGACGACACGCUGGUCGUGCCCGGGCUCGCCGCCGACCAGCAGCUCUGGGCGCCGCAGCCGGACGGCAUCGUGUCGUCGGAGUUCGGUGCGCUCUUGUGGAACCUGUAGCCGCUACUCAAUCCCUCUCUCUCCGAUCGCUCCCUCUUCUAGAACGCUCGCUUGUGAAUAGCCAGAAAGCAUUUGCCUCGACGCACGGCUCAUCGCCCCAACCGUCCCUGCCAUUGGUGCGCAUGUGACAUGGCCGAUCGACCUGCACUGCACCGGCAAACAUGUGGACGUAUCUUGAAUCUUGAUCCCUUUCACCUUUAAUUUUUCCGGCCGGCCGGCCCUAGCUACUCCGACGACGUCCAUGACAAGGGCACGCUCAGCGAGACAGGUAGUCGGUUGUGGGAGAACGACGCGCGCGCGCGCCGGAGGCUAGCUAGCUGCCGGGCCGGAGGCGUCGUCCCGCCGGGGCGAGCCAUGCGUUCCUGACAUGGCCUGUCGAUUGAGCCGUCCGGUUCAUGUCUAGUACUGUCUGGAGUUCUAGAUACCACAUCACAUGCAUCGGUCGAAAGUCAACAACGAACAGAUCGCAGUGAUGGUUCGAUAUAUACUUGGUUUCCUUUAAGCUUAUGAUGUUUCCUUACAGCUUGGUGCCAAGAUCGACACAAUGUCAUGAUGAAUUUAUAACAGUUUCCUUUCCUCUU